AUGUCUCCUCAACGGUGUCUUUUCACCAAACAACGGAUCACGAGCGUGACUAACUCAUUAACGCUCAAGGACUCGCUCCAAGCGUUCAGUAGUUCUAUUGCCGGCCUCCUGUCUUCGAGGGCAGUACUACAAGGUGUUGGAGUGGGCAAUGCGGAUGCUUCCCCGACAGCUGCCCUUCUGCUUCACAUUCUUCAAGACACAUCUGGCCGAAUUUCAACCAUUCUGUUUGCGCAUAGGGUUGGCACUGCUCUGGAGCCAGAAUGUAAAAUGUACCGCCUUGCUGCCGAUGUUUUCAACGAUGCUGCCAUGAUUCUGGACUGUCUUUCCCCGAUGAUCCCAGCAGGAUUUGGUCGGGUGACGGUUCUCAGCACAGCAGGUGUGUUACGAGCUCUGUGUGGCGUUGCAGGAGGAAGCUCCAAGGCGAGUCUGAGUGCGCAUUUCUCUCGGUGGGGGAAUCUCGCAGAAGUCAACGCCGUACGUUUCGCUCAUCUUGUUUAA